AGCUGCAGCCCGAGGACGCGACGCGAGCCCAGUUCCGGCGAGGAGGCCGCGCCAGUGACAGCGAUGGCGGCGGAGUCGGCGCUCCAAGUUGUGGAGAAGCUGCAGGCGCGCCUGGCCGCCAACCCGGACCCGAAGAAGCUAUUGAAAUAUUUGAAGAAACUCUCCACCUUGCCUAUUACAGUAGACAUUCUUGCGGAGACCGGGAUUGGGAAAACGGUAAAUAGCUUGCGAAAACAUGAACACGUUGGAAGCUUUGCCAGGGACCUAGUGGCCCAGUGGAAGAAGCUGGUUCCUGUGGAACGAAAUACUGAGCCUGAUGAACAGGACCUUGAGAAGAGCAAUUCUCGAAAGCGCCCCAGGGAUGCCAUUAAGGAGGAGGAGGAGGAGGUGGAGGGGGACUACCCAGAAACCUGGAAAGCCUCCGGUAGCCAGUCGUAUAGUCCUGAUAAUAGACAGAAAAAACACAGAAAACUCUCAGAGCUUGAGCGGCCUCACAAAGUAUCUCACAGUCAUGAGAGGAGAGACGAGAGAAGGAGGUACCACAGAGUUUCUCCAGUUUACUCUUCAGACCACGAAUCUUCCGAUUACGGCCAUGUUCAGUCCCCUCUGUCAUCUCCCAGCCCUCAUCAGAUGUCUGUGGACCAUUACAGAUCCCUGGAGGAGGACCACGAGCCCUAUGUUCCACACCAGAAGCCUGGCAAAGGCCACAGUAAUGCCUUUCAGGACAGACUGGGGGUUAGUCAAGAACGACACCUGGGUGAACCCCAGGGGAAAGAGGUUGUGAGUCAGAGCAAGGAGCACAGAUCUUCCCAUAAAGAAAAACGUCCAGUGGAUGCCAAAGGAGAUGAGAAGUCUUCUUUGAGCAGAGAAAAAUCACACAAGGCCCUCUCCAAAGAGGAAAACCGGCGGAGGCCACCCUCGGGGGACAGUACAAAGGAGAAACCGCCUUCUAGUGGUGUCAAGAAAGAGAAGGAAAAAGAGGGCAGCACCAAGGUUUUACCCCCCUUGGAGGUGGCUUCAGACAACCACCUUAAAAAGCCAAAAUAUAGAGACCCAGAGAAAACCAAAUCAGACAAAAACAAGCAGAGUCUAGAAAGCUUAGACAUAGGCAAGGGGGCAGGAGACCUGUUGCCCAAGGCGAAAGAGAAGGUUUCUAACAACCUAAAGACUCAAGAAGGGAAAGUAAAAUCUUCUCAUUCAGACAGGAAGUCAGUGGGCUCCUUCCCUCAAGGCGAGGAGGCAGAUGUGGAUGAUGAAUUUGAGCAGCCCACCAUGUCGUUUGAGUCAUACCUCAGCUAUGACCAGCCCCGGAAGAAAAAGAAAAAGAUUGUGAAAACUUCAGCCACGACUCUGGGAGGAAAAGGACUUAAAAAAAAUGAUUCAAAAAGCACUAGUAAAAACUUGGACUCAGUUCAGAAAUUACCUAAGGUGAACGAAAAGAAGUCAGAGAAGCUUCUGCCAGCUGGAGCCGAUUCGGCCAAGCUGAAAAAGGUCCCCAGCGAUGUGUUGCCCGUGUUACCAGACCUUCCAUUACCUGUGAUACAGGCCAAUUACCGUCCACUUCCUUCCCUUGAACUGAUAUCCUCCUUCCAACCAAAGCGAAAAGCAGUCUCCUCACCCCAGGAAGAGGAUGAAGCUGGAUUCACCGGACGAAGAAUGAAUUCUAAGAUGCAGGUCUAUUCUGGUUCCAAGUGUGCCUAUCUCCCCAAAAUGAUGACCUUGCACGAGCAGUGCAUCCGGGUGCUUAAAAACAACAUUGACUCAAUCUUUGAAGUGGGAGGUGUCCCUUAUUCUGUUCUUGAACCUGUUCUGGAGAGGUGUACACCUGAUCAGUUGUAUCGCAUAGAGGAGUACAAUCACGUAUUAAUUGAAGAAACAGAUCAAUUAUGGAAAGUUCAUUGUCACCGAGACUUUAAGGAUGAAAGGCCAGAAGAGUAUGAGUCGUGGCGGGAGAUGUACCUGCGGCUUCAGGAUGCCCGAGAGCAGCGGCUGCGAGUCCUCACGAAGAAUAUCCGAUCUGCGCAUGCCAACAAACCCAAAGGCCGACAAGCGAAAAUGGCCUUUGUCAACUCUGUGGCCAAGCCACCUCGCGAUGUUCGAAGGAGGCAGGAGAAAUUUGGAACAGGAGGAGCAGCUGUGCCCGAGAAAAUCAGGAUCAAGCCAGUGCCGUACCCCGCAGGAAGCAGCCGCUUCAGCAGUGGCAGCAGCAACAGCUUUAACGCCAGCCCUGAGGAGCCAGCCUAUGACGGCCCGAGUACCAGCAGUGCCCACUCGGCACCUGUGGUCAGCAGCACUGUUUCCUAUGAUCCUAGGAAACCGACUGUGAAGAAAAUUGCCCCAAUGAUGGCCAAGACGAUUAAAGCUUUCAAGAACAGAUUCUCCCGACGAUAAACUGAGGGCUGACCUUGGAAAUGAAAUUUGGGGGGAGGAAUACAAGGACAGUGGGGGUUGGGGGAUAGAACCUCCAGGGGAGCCCAGAAUCUUUCACCUCAUGGAAACUUUUGGUCUCCGAUUCCUGCACAGUCAGCAGGCGUGGUGCCUGUGCCUGUGUCCGCGGCCGCUGCCUCCCCACCUGGCAGGCGCUUCAGAGUUCUGGAGAAGACGUGAGGCCUCACUCUCGCUGAGGAUCUUAAGGUCAACUGUACCUUUGUUGUUAAUUAGCUUCUUUGUAAACUAUAAGACAUAGUUUUAAUUAAUAAAUAUUGCCCUCAGAUUGUAUUUAUAUUA